AUGAUGUGCCGAAGCGAGCCGUCGUUCGCUGCUCUGAAGAACGUUCUGGCCGCCACUGAGACGAAUCCUUUUGGUCCCCUGCAUGGGGCCGCCCCAGCGGUCAGCCCCGCAGCAGCUCUUGCUGAGUACCAGCGAUUGCAGAUCUACGAUUACGGCAGAUUACGAUUCCAUCCUUUCGGUUUACCCUACGGUUUAGCCGGUUUUCCGGAUGCUGGACAGUAUGGUUUCGCAUCACCUUUUGUUCGAUUUGAUCCCAGGGCUGCCCGCUUCGCUGCAGAGGAACCGAAACCUCAGCAUAGCUACAUAGGUCUCAUAGCCAUGGCCAUACUCAGCUGCCCAGAGAAGAAGAUGGUGCUGUCGGACAUCUAUCAGUACAUCUUGGACCAGUACCCUUACUUCCGCAAUCGAGGGCCUGGAUGGAGAAAUAGCAUUCGGCAUAACCUGUCUCUCAACGACUGCUUCAUCAAGGCUGGUCGCAGCGCAAAUGGCAAGGGCCACUAUUGGGCCAUCCACCCUGCCAACAUAGAGGACUUCAAGAAAGGUGACUUCAGGAGAAGGAAAGCCCAGAGGAAAGUUCGUAAACACAUGGGACUUGCCGUGCCGGACGAUGACGACAGCCCCGCUCCGACGCCACCGCCAAGACCACCCUUGGAGGCAGCAGCAACCUUGGUCGAUCCCCACAGACCGAUCCACCAUCACAAGAUGCUUCAGACGCCGCCACAUACAGCUAAACUCACACUAGGGCGACAGAAACGACAGUUCGACAUGGAGAGCUUGUUGGCUCCAGAUCCCUUACCUCAGACCGAGUCUCCACAUCUAGUGGGGUGCGACAGCCCUCAGCUCAGAGCUUCAACAUUCACCCAUUCGCCUGGUUCUGAAAGUCCAAAAGAUGCUGGUGUUCAACAGACUUAUUUCCAGCAAUCUCAGCCGGCAGCCUCUUCACCUGUUCGUCGGGCAAUGCAAUGGACCGUGUCGUUGCCUUUGCAGAGCGUGGGGCUACCUCAGAGGAUGAAUGCAUUCGGUCCUUUCGUUGGGACGUCCCCCUGUUGGUCAUCAGCUGCGCAAGCUGCUUCUCUGUUGUCCUACUCCGUCGCAGGGAGAAGUUCGAAUGCUCCAGAACUUGUUUCAUGUGCCAGUGCUCCAACCCAGAAUCCUCUUGUCCAUCGGUGGCAAGAAUCUAUUAACAGAGUGGUUGUUGAGACUGAAAACAAAAUUGUGGAACAGUGAUUCAAAACAGACUCUAUAUCAGAGUAAUGUUUCUACAGUAUGCAAAAGCUCUCCUGAAGUCGGAGAGUUUGGUUUGAGUUUUUCAAGACGAGGACAGAACAUUAAUCCUCAAACAUCUAUGAGACAUACCAAAUUUAAAAAAAAGACUGUGAACUUUUUGAACUUGAUCAGAAAGACUUAAAUUUAUAUCACCAUAAAUUUAUUUUUCGAAAACAAUUAUAGCAAGAUUUUUUUUUUUUUUCGGGUAAAGUAAAUAUCAGCUGUGUUCUUAUGCUUAAAUAUAUUUGUUUACAAAACGGAACUGAAAUAUUGUUCUAACCAAAUAUAGCAAUGAAAUCAAGCAAUCAAUUUCUAUGAUUUCAGCAACCGAGAUUUGAUGAUGUUUCGAAAUUUAGAACUGUUUCAAUUAUAGUAUUUAAAAAAGUAUUAGAGUUUCAAUGAAUUGUAGGCGUAAAAAAUAAAAGUGAAACUAAAAACUACUUUUUUAAAGUGGACAUUUCUGAACCAUUACUGUUGCCAACAUGUAACACUAUUUCUUUAAAUAUCAUGAUUUUUCCUUUUCUGCAUCUUCAUCUUAUACUAAACAGAGAAAAUAUGGUGUACAUAAUAAAAAAGAACAGUGACAAAACCAGGAACAAUGAAAAAGUUUUAAAAGUUGAGUGACUCAGCUAUGAAAAAGAACUGAAAACUAACUAUUUCUGGCAAAAACUGAGACUUUUCAAGUGUGGCAAUGUUACUACUUCAGAUAAGUUCUAAAGUGAAUUUAUGAGAAUAACUUUAAGCUGAUUUGUACAACUUCUUAUUUCGCAGUGGUGAAACUUAUACAACACGUUUCAAGAACUGAAAUGAACUAUAAAAUUCAGCAAAGUGAAAAAGACGGUCAAUGUUGCAGAGAGGCAAAUUAACUUUGUUCAUCAAACUGUAAGAUUAUUUUAUUCACUUUUUUUUUAAUUUAUUUAUUAACUGUAACUGUUUAUCUUGUACAGUAUGGGCCAUAUAAAACAAUCAUUGAAAUCAAA